GGUGCAUCCAAAACAUAUUAUGAGAAAAAGGGUAUUCCCCUUCUUGACCUCCAACAAACACGGCUUAUCUCGCCAGCACCAGAGACGACGUUGUUGUUGAUUAACUGGACAACCUGAUCUCUCGUUCAUGAUAAAUCAUUACCAGCAUCUGGGGGUCACCGUCCUGCGCCGUGAUUGACCUAAUUAUUUCUUCCUGUUGACAGCCGCUCUGUUAGGCAAGCCGACAAUAUGUAGUGUGGCGGGGUAAACUCCUGGCCAUCUUGGCCAGGGAAGGAUGCAGAAAUCUAACGUGUCACGUGAUGAGCAAAGAGACGCAAUCCACGAUGAUCUGUAUCUACGCCGACGCCGCCUGGUCGUCAUCUACGGUGAAAUCUCCUCAGGGAAGACAUAUUUCGCAAAAGAGGUAAUCCGGGUUCUGAGGAGCACCUGUCAUGGCCUCGGGAACGAGGCUCUCCGUGACGUCACUAUCCAUUGUUCUGGAAUUACAUCAUGGAGGCAGCUGUUGAUUUCAUUGGCUACUGCCUUGGGUUACGAGGCAGGUGACGACCUUUCAGAGAGUGACGUAUUGGCAGCAGUUGAAACUCUUUCCAAAGUGACGCCAAGUCUCCGAGUAGUUUUUCUCUUGACGAAGUUUGAAGCGAUUGUAGACCGGAAGGACUUGUAUCAGAAGACUGUUUCGUUUCUGCAACAAAUGAUAGAAGACACCGUGGUCGCCAGUGUCAUCAUGACGUCACGUGUGUGCGUGCGCAUGUCACCCAUGCUCCGACCGCUAGUCUGUAAACUGUCUCCUCUGAGCGAGUCGAGAUGUUGUCAACUUUUGUCACCUGUGUUUCACCGAGAUCUCACACGACAGACGGUGGUCGACAUUGUCCGGGCAUGUGACCACAGACCUGGUUUAAUCCUACAGAUCUGCUCUGUUGUACAAGCUCACGGGGACCUUCUGAGCCUUGAAGAACUAGCUGAACGUUUAAGAGGUCCGGAGGAUGCUUUGGCGCUUUUCUCCCAGUAUCCCAACCAAGCCGACAACCUGGAACAUGCCGUCGGUCUCCAGCUCGCUCGACUUCCUCCUCGUCUUAAAUCUGACGCUGUGUCCCUGUGUCGACUUGAGGGGUAUUUCGGCGCGGCGGAAGCAACGUCGCUGUUGGGCAAAUCCAGUGUUAGUGAAUAUAAGCUCCGUACUGCUGUACCACUGCGGGAAAAUGUCAUACUUGACUUUAAUGUUAGUCUGAAUCAGAUGAAGGUCGACAGUUUCAUUCGUGCAUUUGUCAACAAAGAUAUUCCCCAUGUGAAUCACCACGACCCACAACGUAAGCCAAUAGUUGACUUUCUCGGUGCAAUGCUACUGCUCAUGCGCCAAGAAGGUUCUGUAAGAACUAAUGGUAGAGUGCUAGGUUUUCCUCAUGACAACUUCCGGUCACUGGAGACAACCUUGACCCAGGCUGUGAACACCUCCGGAGAGAACACCUACCGCGUGUACCUAGAGGUUGUGCUGCACGAGGAGGGGACACUCUCAGCGCUCGGCCCAGGUCGGUCCCAGCUCUUCUACUCGGGGAUGGCAGAGGCGUCUGGUAGAGUGGGCACCGCCAGGGAACAGUUACUACUACGGGGAUUUUGGGCCGUUUCACUGAAAGAUGACGAGACACUUCCAGAAGCGAUCACCACUCUGAAGACAGUCGUGUCAGAACUGAACACACCGGAAGACAGCUACUACCGUGUGAUGUUUCUGCGCAGACUCGGCUGGUUCCAUGUCCGGGUUGGGGACAGCAUCCGGGCCGAGAGGUAUCUCAACGCAUCUCUCAAAACAAGCGUUACUUCCAACUACGAGACCAUGGUUGUGCCUCACAGGAUUCAAGCAAGGUCACAUCUAGCCAUAGUCCAGGGGUACCUCGGGAACUACCCUGAGGCUGAGAGGAUACUCCGGCGCACUAUCCCCCGAGCUCACCAGAUCAUGCCGGGACACCCGGUGCUUGCAGUCAUGAUACAGACCAUGGGCCUUACCUUGGAGAAGCAGAGGAUGUUCGACGAAGCAUUAACCUUCUUCCUUCUGUCUUGUCACGAGAGACGGAAGCUGGUGAAUUACCUCCCCUUGUAUCUCGUCAACAACCUCAACAACCUGGGAUCUCGGUACCUCUGGAGAGGGGAAUACGACCGGGCGUUGCGGUACUUGUCGGAGGCGCUAAAUCUCAGGCGGAAGUUGGGCUGGUGGGACUACAACACCGGCAUCUCUCUCUGGAACAGGGCCAACGCUUAUCUGUUCAAAGGCCUGUACGAGGAAGCAGUCAGGUCCUGCCAUCAAGCUAUUGAGAUCUUCAUCAGAUGCAUGCCGACCCAUCCCACCAACGUCGACAUCCGCCUGUCACUUGCGCAUGCGUACAUGGCACAGGGGAGACAACAGGAAGCUGAAGCGACGUUGUCAGAGAUUCAGGAUUAUGAGAUAAUAUUCAAGACCAACAUGGCAGAUUGUGGAUUCCUAAGCGCUCUUGAACACCUGCUGUUAAUGACUUCAGAUCGUGUUCGUGUAGAGCAACUACAUCAACUGCUGGUACAGGAGAUUGGUCGACUCUGUGGUGUCCUAAGAGACUCCGAUUUUCAUAUGUACUUGAGGCUGCAGAGGAAGAUGGCGUCAUGGCGGAGAUAUCUGGUUCAGUUUCUGUGUGGGUCGAGGGAUUUUAUCGGUUACAUUCACUUCGACUGCCGCUGCUGCAGACACCUGUCGUACACGUUGUACCGGUGGUGGACAUGGAGAGACGCCCCGAAGGAGGAAACGGAGGAGGCUGAGAUAAGUGCUUACUUUAACAGCUUUGAAAUCUAACAAACGGUUUGUGGUUCAGAGAGAGAAUGGGGUCGACCGUGUGAGGGCAUGACCAUGACUAUGGAAUGAUUAGAUACCAUAAAUCUUUGUUUAAGGACUGGAUAUGGGAGCUAAUCCCUAGUGUGUCUAAAGGACGCCAACUCUCAAACGAGGCUGAAUCUAAAGCUACUGAGACGAGGUAUUAAUACAAGCUAUUCUCAAAUGGAACACAAUGACAAGGCUUCAGAUAACAUUUGUCAGUAGAAUUAUGCGUUCAGUCACUGCCUUUUGUGAAAAUACUCCGUAAAGAGUCAUGCUCGGAAUAACCUACAGAGUGUUGACUGACCUUGAGUCCUGGAACGAAUAACCUACACCUUGUGGUGGCUGACCUAAAGUCCAGGGCUAUCUUGGUGAGUCACAUCAAGCCAUAGUCCUGGGUUACUUCGGUGAGUCACAUCAAGCCAUUGCCCAGGGCUAUCUUGGUGGGUCACAUCUACCCAUUGUCCAGGGCUACCUUAGUGAGUUAUUUCAUUUCAAAAACAUAUUUCUUUCACAUUUCAUUCUACUGACAGAACAAUGUGUGUAUGAACAUCACAAACUGUUAAUAUUAUAAUUAAUUUACCUUAUAGGAACCCCUUCCUUAAACCUUUAUUGUGCCCCUUCGAUGUCAUUGGCUGGGUUUAUUGACAGGCGGCGCAAUGGGUCAUGGUCAAGGUCAACUAUGCGAGGCGGUACAUUUAAUGUUAUCGUGUAGCAGUAUGUAUCUUUCUCAUUCAAUAUACAAUUUCAUUACUAUUACAAAACCGUGUACAAUUACCGGAGAUCAGCAUCACAUAUUGCUUGAAUAUUGAUGGCAUGGUAACCCUUAAGGCACACGUAAGCGACCUCCUCGUCAUGCGGUGGUCUAAUAAUAGCGAUCAGCGUGCCAUCGAUGCACCCUAUUACAUUGGGGAACCCAGCUAUGUCAUAAAAUCUUUCUUUUGUGUUUUGACGGGUUGUGGCAUCGUUUGGAAAGUGUAUCAAAUUCAGAUGUUUACACAGUAGAUUUAUGGUUUUAAGUAUCACCCUCGAUACACUAGGUUGACUGACACCGUGCAGGUCCCCAAUUUCAGACUGAAAACCACCUUUUGCCAAGUAUCGUAGAGUUAUCAAAACAUGCAUUUCGGGUGAUAGAGGUACCGAACGCUUGGUCGGUAGUUCGAGGUAGGGCCCCACAGUCGCAAUAAUUUGCAUGAUGGCAUGCCGAUUUAGCCUAUAUCUAGAUAUAAGCUGCGUGUCAUCUAGCGUGUCCAGCUGACUCGUCCUGUCACGGAAUAUUUUCUUCCUAGAAGGUGUUAGGGUUGAUUGCUUUUCUCUAUCGAGAAGCCCGAGCAAUAGGUAGGACGCCAUGAUGCAUACUAAGACAGGUUUACGACAGGUCAGACCCUGUCUUAAUUUUUGUCUUAAACUUAAGAUAGCUUAGCGCUAAGACACCUUCGAGAAUAGACUUAACUAAGACGUUUUUCGCUACGACAUAUUACGCCAAUCUUAGCGCUAAGACAGCUUCGUGAAUAGGCCGCCUGGAAGGAAUAACCCUCAGACUAUGGUGGCUGAUAAAGGCGAACCUCAUGCACUUCUUUCUUCGCUGUGAAACGACUGUUGUCCCUUUCUCGAUUACUAUAGAGGUCAUUACCGAAUUUAAAUAACCAAUCGGGAACCUGUGCAAUAUGAGUGAGUGAGUGAGUGAGUGAAAUUUAACGUCACAUCGGCAAUAUUUCAGCCAUAUGGUGACGAAACAGUUAUAUUAAUUAUAUUUUGAUUUAAUUAAAAAGCUGUCAACGAUGGACAGUAAGAUAACUACAGUAUCACAGUUUCGAUUUAAAAACUAGUUGAGAACAGUUAAAAGAAUACAUUUUCAUUCAACAAUACAAUAUAAAAAAGGGCUAUAGAUCACCAGCAGCCAAAGUGAGGCCACCUCACUAUGGACCGUGGGGACUUACAUUACUUCUGCUACCUGCACGGCUCCCCAGCAGGAUUUACACCAACACUUCAGCUGCUGGUGAUGGGAUGCAAUUAAGCCAACAAUUAAAAUAAACAAAUAUACUACGUUUAAAACCGAUGUAAGAAUAAAUGUACUUGGAAUGAUGUGGUCUUACAUAUCCUCGUAGGGUGUGCAAUAUGAGGCAUUCAGGCCGAAAGAACAGUGGGAAAGGUUUUUGAAGUCUUGUUUUAGAAGAUUUACCAAUGAUUAAUGGCAGUGUGCAAUAAAAUAUGUGUUUUGUG